GCUUGAAAAACUGCAUGGGGGCACGAACCCUUUUGUGCUUUCCACUACCACGGAAUACUCUAUCAAAUGGCAUAUGAACGAAGGAAAUCGGAGCGUAUCACCGCAGAAGGUUCCCUCGUUAGUAUUUAAUUUAGACUAUCUCUACUGCAACGAAACAAGCCAAAAAUUUUGUGUGCUUUUCAAUAAAGUCUAAUGAGUAACCAAAUGCCGAGGUCCCAUCGAAGAAGUAUUUUAACUUAACAUAGAAUCAAAAUAUGCAAAUGUUUUCAUACCUAUUGCCCAAUGGUUUACAUGUAGAGAUUAUUUUUGAAUAGUGCGUAAUCGCCAGUUUAUUUGGCUCAAUUCUUGUGUAGUCCAAAAAAUUUCUUAAGAGUCAAGACUGAGUAAAACUCUUCAAAAUCUCUGUCAAACAGCAGAGCAAAAUGUUUUUGGACUGUCACGUAGGAAAACCAAAUGUAUCAGACCAGGUAAAAAAAGCGGAGCGCUUUUAUAAAGGAAAACCAUUUCAGAAAAUUUGGUUUCUUAAUAGGUUCUAGAUACAGUAUCUUCUCUGGUGAAUUUGUAAAAAGUUAGAUUCGAGCGCUUUUACGUGAAACCCUCUAUAUCAAUCCUGUGAUAACGGAGAUAUUUCCUUUUGAAGGUAUCUAAAGGCCGAAUUUCUCCAAGAGGAGAUGAGUACUUCAUAAGGACUGAGUAGACAAUUUGAAAUUUUUAGUAAAGUGAUCGCGAGUAGUAGUAAGAACAUUUUCCCAUUCAGUCAGCUAUAUGCAUUCAAGAAACUCAUUAUUGUUUUGUAAUACGGACAAGAAUAACCUUUAAAUCACCAGCUGUGAUGACAAAGCAAAUUUUUCCAAUUCAUCAGUUAUAACACAAUCAGAUGCCGUCUGGUUCUGUCAUUUACUACGCUUUCCUGCUUUCUACACACUCAUUUCUUCUUUUUAAAUUUAUAUAAAAAAUAUACACGCUCAUAACUACUCUUCGCAUUCUAACUAAAACGAAACCAUGAGUUCCUCCGGAAUCAGUAGAGGACACUGUCUCUGUGGUCAAAUCACGGUCACCGUCUCACAAAACAAACUCAGUAAAACUGAGAACGUCAUCAUCUGUCGAUGUAAAAAUUGUAGGAAAACGAGUGGUGCACUUCUCUCAUACAACGUCAUCGUCGGUGAAACUGAUGCACAAAUUCAAGGUGAACCAAAAGUCUACGAUGACCAGAAUACUUACAGUGGAAAUCGAAUUCAGCGCGGUUUCUGUCCUAAUUGUGGUUCACCGAUCUACGGAAAAACACCAAAUCUAGCUGGUAUGAUGAUCAUUCGUCUAGGUCUAUUUAUUGAUCAACUACCAAAACCUGGGAUUGAACUGUUUUGUAAAUAUCGUCCCGAGUGGCAAGAAGCCAUCGAAGGAAUCAAAGAGUAUCCAGUUAUAAUGGCAAAAAGUUCGUAG